AUGCAUCCAUGUACAAUACCAUAACCAAACGUCACAAUUCCUAAUUAGUUAAAGACAAAAGGCACCAUUAAACAACAAAUUGGCCUUUACAACGAUAGUAACUCGCAGGAAGAAGACAGAGAUUGGUUAUCAUCCUUUUAACUUACACAACCGUGCUUUACUUCGUAGUUCAUUAGAGACGCCGAAUAGAACAAGUCACCAUUGUUUUUUACAGCACCACUUGGCAUUUUCUUAGUAAACCAAGCCGGCCCCUCACACAUAUAGUUUCUCCCAUUACCCCUUCCCUUAAAAUUUAAAGGCACACGGCCAUUCAUCCACAUAAUUCCCUUCUUCUUCAAAACCCUAAACUGAGAGAACUGAGAAACAACAACAACAACAACAAAGAGUACGUACCAGUAACUCAACUCAAGGUUUUUCAAAAACAAUCCUCCGCGACCAUGAUCUGAACCGCAACAUUUGUCCACGAUCGUCAUUUGGGUCCUAAUAUCAAAGUUUGUUUAACUGUUUGCGACCACAAUUAGGAUUGUAUUAAUCGCAUUUGUCUGUAAUUUGUCACCAUAUCAACAAAAAAAACCUGACAAAACAGCAACACGACGGAUAUUUAAUACCUUGACUCUCAACAAUCAGAUGGACAGGCUGAUAAAAGUUGAUCCAACAAACACGGUCACAAUAAGGAUGGAGCCAGGCCAAAAAUGUCAUGGCCAAAUAACCCUACGCAACGUCAUGUACACCAUGCCCGUAGCAUUCAGGCUUCAACCGUUGAUCAAAACGCGUUACACGGUGAAGCCACAAUCGGGAAUCAUAUCUCCGUUAGCCACGGUAACAAUAGAAAUACUCUACAAUCUUCCACAAGGAUCCACUCUACCACACUCAUUUCCACACUCCGAAGAUUCCUUCCUCAUCCACAGCGUGGUGGUUCCCGGCGCCACCGUGAAAGAACCUUCCUCCAUGUUCGAAUCCGUUCCCAGCGACUGGUUCACCACGAAGAAGAAACAAGUCUUCAUCGACAGCGGCAUCAAGAUCAUCUUCGUCGGCUCGUUGAUCCUGGCACAGUUAGUCCACGACGGGUCCAUCGAUGAAAUCAGACAAGUGCUGGAACACAGUGAACACACGUGGAAGAAAGCCGUUGACUCCGUUGAUCAAAACGGAGACACGCUCCUCCACGUGGCGAUUUCUAAAAGAAGACCCGACCUCGUGCAGCUCCUCCUCGAAUUCAACGCCGACGUGGAAUCAAAAAACCGUUCAGGCGAGACCGCGUUAGAAUCAGCGUGUUCCUCCGGAGAGGAACUAAUCGUGGAGCUUCUCUUAGCUCACAAGGCAAACACAGAGAGAACGGAAUCUUCUUCAUUGGGAGCGAUACAUCUAUCGGCGAGAGAAGGACACGUGGAGGUAUUAAGAUUACUGUUGAUGAAAGGAGCCAGAGUUGACUCGUUGACCAAAGACGGUUACACCGCGUUGCACCUUGCGGUUAGAGAAGGUUUGAGAGAUUGCGUGAGGCUGUUACUGGCGAACGAGGGGAGGACAGACAUUAGAGAUUCAAGAGACGGUGACACGUGUCUGCACGUGGCGGCGGGUGUGGGGGACGAGAGCAUGGUGAAGCUUUUGUUGAAUAAGGGAGCUAAUAAGGAAGUGAGGAAUUUUAAGGGAGAGACUGCGUAUGAUGUUGCUGUGGAGAAAGGAAAGGCGAGCGUGUUCGACGCGCUGAGGCUGGGGGAUGGGUUGUGUGUGGCGGCGAGGAAAGGGGAGGUGAGGAGUAUCAAGAGGCUGAUUGAGGGAGGAGCGGCGGUGGACGGGAGGGACCAGCACGGGUGGACGGCGUUGCACAGGGCGUGUUUUAAGGGGCGCGUGGAGGCGGUGAGGGCGCUGUUGUUGGAGAGAGGGGUUGAGGUGGACGCGAGGGAUGAGGAGGGGUACACGGCGCUGCAUUGCGCGGUGGAGGCGGGGCAUGGGGACGUGGCGGAGGUGCUGGUGAAGAGGGGCGUGGAUGUGGAGGCGAGGACGAGUAAGGGUGUGAGUGCGUUGCAGAUCGCGGAGGCGUUGGGGUAUGGUGGGAUUGCCAGGGUGCUUGUUGGUGGUGCUGCGGGACACGUGGCGGAAGGGAUGAAGAAGGUUGCAAGGAGGAGGGAGAGGGAGAUUCGGGCUAGCUUUGACCGGUCAAUGCCUUUGGCUGUUCUCUAGCUGCUAAAAUUUGCUCUCUGCUUCGUCAAAUCACUGAGAUUAUUGUUGUAAUUUGUGCAGGAAAUUUGUUCAUUUUAUCAAACGUCUUCUUCUUCUGCUUAAUUUUCAUUACUUAUUGUAAUAAUAUUAAACUGAGUUUAUGAAAAUUAUUAUUCGAUGCGA